UUUCGCGCAACCUUUCAUCCGACUUGGGGUGGACAUUGGUGGGGUCCACCAAUUAUCUCAAAGAGAGAAGACACAAAUGAAGCAGCUCCAUCUGCGACUACAGAGGACUUGUUCCAGCUAAUCAAUGAGACAAUUAAAAAUGCAACUGAAGGCAUCAGCGCCGAUGAUUUAUCCGGGGCUGCAGACACUCUCCAAGCUCUGGCUGGUAGCAUUCUUCAGGCAAGAAAAGCCAAUGUUUCCCGAGAUGACGUCAGAAGCCUAGUCGAGGACGUUGCGACCCGGUACGAGAUUACAUUAAACGGAGUCAUCGUUGUUGAGGAUCCACUGACAGUCGAGGCGAAGUACCUUGGGAUGGCGUUACAGCUGCUGUACAGUCUACGAGAGGAGGGACUCAGUCGGGAAGGUGACGGAGAGUCCACAGACGUUAUCGUGGCAGCCAUUUUAGCAGUUAGUGAAGCUCUGAAACGAAUUAACACAAAUACAGUGGAAAUGAUCAGAUUCAUAGCAGCCACAAGGGACCCAUCUGACGGCAAUGUGGACGCCGGCAAUGCUAACGCUAAUGGCACAGAAACAAGG